GUUACAACGUUUAAACUAAAUAUUUAAGUUUAGUAUAAAUUGUAAGAUCGCAGUUUUUUGUUUGCUUUUACGCAAUGCUAUAUAAUAGACUAUCUGCACUUUGUUCUUCAAGUGGAAUCGAACCCCGGAUUUUAGCAUUGCAAGACUGUUAAUUUUUAAUAGAAUGUUUAGCAUUCCUUGCAAAAGAAAUUAAAUAUUUUAUGGUUAUAUCACUACCACUACCAGGUUGAUAUCUCGGUAUACUAUUAGUAAGGAAUGGUGUAACACAUAUUACAAAAGUGAAUUAUACUAUAAAUAUAAUCUAUAUUCUUGUUAUCAUUUGGCUGAAUGUUAGAUUGUGAUAUUUAACUUAUGUAUCGACAGUGCCAUGAAAGAAAAGGUAAUAAAGUAAUGUAGUUUCAUCUAUUUCAAAAUUGCUUACUGCUGGAUUUUGUGUUCAGAUUAUGUUUAAUGACACCAUUGAUGAUAGCAGAGGCAUACCACACAUUUUUUACAGAGAUAGCAGAGUUUUCCCCUGGUAAAUUUAUAUAUAUAUAUAUUUAGUAAUGUAAUAGACCAUGUAGAUUGAAUGAGUUGCUAUUGGCAGUAGUGGAGGCGAACUCCUUACAAUGAUUAUGAGGGAAAUUGAUUAUUUCCUUAAAAAUAAAGGUUGGGUUGAAUUUUCUUGUUACUUGAGGUGUGUGCGUGCGUGCAGGAAGGGUAAUAAAAAAACCCAAUGGUAAAUUGCUGUAAGGUAAUUUGGAAAAAGUGUGCAAUCUUCACAUAUAUCAUCCAUUGAUGUACAUUGGGUAUUAAUAGGGCUCGUGUUGAUGAUGCUUCUUGCAAAAGGCAGUGGACUCAGAAACAAAUGGGUAAACGAUACUAUUGUGACUACUGUGACCGCAGCUUCCCUGAUAGUGCUGACAACAGAAAGAAACAUAUACAAGGAGUUCAGCAUCAGCGACUUUGUAAACUUCAUUAUGAUGCUUAUAAAGAACCAGAAGAGAUUUUGAAGGAUGAAAUGGAGAAAAAGCCUUGUCACCAGUUUCAGAAAAUGGGCUAUUGCAACUUUGGGCCAGGGUGCAAGUAUUCUCACAUAACUGCAGAGGAAAUGCAACAACUUAGAGAAGAAGUUCAGCAGCAGUGCCUUCGAAAACAAGGGGCAGCCAAUUGUGAAGAAGAGAAGGAACCAGAUUUGGAUUCUUGGCUAGUUAAAAGAACUAUGAAUAAAGAAAUAAAGCCCACCAACCAACCUUCUGUCAUUGAUAUAGAAGCUUGGUCCCUACCUCCAGAAUUGGCAUCACUUCCAAAUCUCCCUACAUCUCUCCUCCCUCCAAAUCCCCAAAUCUUUCUUGGGAAUGUUCAAUCAGAGUGGGGAUAGUAAUGAAAAAUGACACCUGAAUCUGAAGAAGUACAUACACAGGGAAUCCAAGGAGGAAGUAAAUAUGUGAUUAACUGACAGUCCAAAAGUUUUCAGGAAAAUAUUUCAGUGAUAUAGGAGAAAUAUCUUGAAUUUUUCACUAAAUGCACUAAAACAGAGUAAGUGUCCGGGAGUGGCAAAAGAACAGCAAUCUAAAUUUGCAUACAAAGUAACAGAUGGUAUUGUUAUUAACUAUCUUCAUAUGCUAGAACAUAUUCAAAUGUAAAUAUUCUUUGUAGGCAUUACUAGUUUUUCACAAAAGUAUGACUAAAAAUGGAACUAAAUGUUUGUACAGUUUACACAGCUUAUAUAUUAGUAGCAGUAGAAUGUUUUAAUGAGUUAAAAUACAAACAUGAUUGAUAACCAAAAAUUUGCUGUAUUGGCUUUUGGACUACAGGAGUUACUGUAUUUCUUGAGCUGCUUAUGUUCAUCACAUUGUAGAGGUGGGAGAAUCUGACACAUCACUUAACAUGGGUGUGUGUUCAACUGGCGAUUUAGAAGUUAACAUAGAAAAUGUAUACUAUUGUAGUUUUACAGAGAAUGUCAUCAUACUAAUAAAUGUGUGUGUGUGUGUG